CUCUGAACUCGCAGCACAGCUCGGAGCUGAUUUCUGAGCCUUUUUCUGGUUGCUCUGCAUUUGUCUGAUAUUCUAUGCUGCACCUUGGACGGAGUCACUACAGAUAUUCGUUGCUGCUGCUGGCCAUGAGCUCUCCUUACCGAAGAUUGAGAUCUCUGCGCCGACCUCGUCUGUGGCCGUCAUCAAUUGCAUGUCCUCGCUGACGUGUAUCAUUUGCUCUGCACUCUCGGCCCAGAGAAUAAUACAUGUAGUACAUGCGAAUCUAUCGAACGUGCCGUACCGCCCAUUCGCAAUCAGGCACACGGAAAUGGUACACUACCGAUGCUCUUCGGUAUCCUCGCACAGCACCUACUAUGCGAAGAAACAUCCCUAAGUAUAUCUCCAAAAUUUCCUCUCGCUAUUCUGUUAACAACACCCCUUUCAGGACGAACGACCCGGGCAUGUAGAUCAAUAUCAGUGGGCAAGGACCUCAGUCCAUCAUG